AUGGAGAUUUCUGCAGCCGAACUAGCACAGCUUGAGAAACGAAUUCUAAAUCUGAACCGUCAAGCAAUGAAUCAGCUUAGUGAAGAAAAAUUCGGCCAAUCAAUUAAAGUAUUGAAAGAAGCUGAGUCGUUACUUUCAUCGUUAGCAGACUCGCAGCCUUUCAGCAAGUUGCUUGCUAUAACGCUUAAUAACUACGGAUGCAUUUAUAAAAGGAUGAAAAGACCAAUCACAGCUUUAAAGUACUUAAAGCAGGCUUCACAAUAUGAGAAGCUCGAGCCAAUUGACCGGAUCAAUCUAGCAGGCACAUAUCUAAAUAUAUGUGCUAUCUACUCUGAUUUAGGCAAGCAUGAUCUUGCUUUAGCAGAAGCUAAAAAAGCAUUGGAAUUAUUAAAAAACAACAUCGAAAAUUCUGAAAACCAAAUAACUACUUUGGUGAUCGCAUACCACAAUGCUGGUGUUCAAUACGAAUUUAUGAAUAAAAUACAAAAUGCGGUGGACUGCUAUAAAGCAGCAUGAGAAACAUCAUUGGACUGUUUGGGAAUGAAGCACCCUCUAACAACAUCAAUGAGCAAAAGCUUUACAGAUGCUACAGAAAAAUCAUUAAACGAGACUGCACGACAAACGGCUAGACAAGACUUUAGAACUAGCAAUAAAAUUCCUCCGCCGCAGAAAAUAAGCAGAAAUGAAGGAAGAAAUUUAAAUACGACUUUGCCUGAAAGUCGGUUGCCUAAAAUAAAAUAUCAUACAAUAAGAAGAAAAUCUCAGCCUAGCCAAGAUUACGGAAUCUCUCAUAAGAAAAAUAUGAGUGUGGACGUGUCUAGAGUAAAAGCUGCGCUAGAUCCAAACCAUCCAAUUGAUAUCAUCAAUGUGAGAUUUUUAACUGGAGAUAGGCUACAGCCUAUGUUUAAUCAUGAUUAUAAGCAUUCAUUAUUCUUAAACACCACAAUAAGCCAUGAUCCUCCAGCGUCAAGACUUAACAAAAGUAAUAUAGAGAACAAAAGAAUUUCGACUGCUCCUCUACAAAAAAGACCAAUGAAGGAGGCUUUAAGAAACAUUGGCGACCAUAUUACAAAGCUGCAAAAUAGACUUGAUGAUUUUAAUAACCUCGUGAAGCCUUUAAGGGAUAUAAAUGAAGAAAAUCGGACUGAUAGCACAUUCUCAAGAUAUUCUAUUGAUACCUUGCUUUACCAAAGAAAUCAGGCUGCUAUUAAAAUUCAGGCUGCUUUUAGAGGUUUCAGGAUUAGAAACAAUGAAGCGUUGAGAAUAAAAUCGAAGAAAACUGUAAGGAUUGUGCACCCACCAAGCAGAGCUAUGAAUAUGCCUGAUAAAGGAAGCCCAAUUUCAGUUAGUGAAAUAGCAGGAUUCGAUUUGAUAAGGAAAAACCAUGAUAAAAGUAUUUCAGGCCUUUACGAAGGAAAUAAGAAUAGUGAUUAUGCUAAUAAAAAUACAGAAAAAAAGAAAAUUAAUGGAGAAGAGAAUAAUCCUCAGGUGAAUGCAGCUAUUUUAAUCCAAAAGCAUAUAAGAAAGUUUAUUUGCAGAUCAAUCUAUAAAAACAUCCUAGGAGCCAUUGUGUUUUUGCAAGCGUGGAUCAGAGGCUAUCUUACGAGAAAAAGAAUCAAAAUCAAUAAAGAUUCUUUGUAA